AUGCCCGGAGCGAGUGCCAACCUCAGUGCCUAUGCCCCUCCCACCUCCUUCCUCCUCCUAGGACUGGAGAGUGUCCAGACCUGGCUCUCCCUUCCCGUCUGCUUCAUCUACACCUUGGCUCUCUUGGGUAAUGCCACCCUGCUCUGGGUCAUCUGGACAGAGUCCAGCCUGCACCAGCCCAUGUACCUCUUCCUCUCCUUCCUGGCACUCACCGACAUGGCCAUGCCCACCUGCAUCCUGCCCAAGAUGCUGGGCAUCUUCUGGGCCAACGCCCAAGAGAUCACCUUCGCUGCCUGCCUGGUGCAGAUGUUCAUGGUGCACGCCCUCUCUGUUGUGGAAUCUGGGACGCUCACCACCAUGGCCUACGACCGAUACGUGGCCAUCUGCAACCCACUCAACUAUACAACCCUGCUGACCCCAAGAAUGGUGGUCAAAUUCGGAGCAGCCGUGGUUAUCCGGGCCAUCGUGAUUGUCUUACCCAUUCCUUUACUUUUGCUGAGGCUGACAUUCUGUCACUCCCAAAAUAUCUCUCAUACGUAUUGUGAGCAUAUGGCUCUUGUAAAACUAGCAUGUGGGAACACCACUCCCAACAACCUCUAUGGGCUGGUUGUAUCCCUCCUCGUUACCGGCGGAGACCUGACCUUCAUCUUCGUCUCCUACGGGCUGAUUCUACGGACCGUCUUCCACCUGCCUUCCUUGGAGGCUCGCCACAAAGCACUAGGCACAUGUGGGGCCCACGUGGGGGUCAUCUUCAUCCUGUACACCCCUGGACUGUUCUCCUUCCUCUCUCACCGAUUUGGGCACAACAUCCAGCACAGCGUCCACAUCUUCCUGGCCAAUGUCUAUUUGCUAGUCCCUUCCAUGCUCAACCCCAUAGUUUAUGGGGCCAAGACCAAGGAGAUCCGUGUGCGGGUGCUGAGGGCCAUGGGCUUGCAGAGGAGGAAAUAG